AUGAGCCACCCAGACACUCCUACUGAGACCCCUGAGCCUGACAGUCCCACCUGGCUGGCCCAACCUAUAUAUGGCAACCUUGGGGAGGUCCAUGCCCACCUACUGCCCUUCAAGGCCUGCCGACCUGGAACUCCUGGGUCACUCUCCUCCAUUCCACAGCCCUUGCCCCCACCCCUGCCAAAAAAGACCCUCACCCAGACCCGGUCUCUGCCCACUCACAGAGUCCCCAGUUGGGACCUGGCAAGACAGCCUCAGAGACUCCACCGGGGCUCCCACAGUGUGGAUGAGAGGCAGGCCACGGUGAUACCCACCUGUCCCCCUGAAGAGCUGGCCUUCAGCUCCCUCGAUGAUGUGCUGGGCCUCUUCCUCCUAAGUCUGCGCAGUCCUGAAGCCAUGCAGGCUGUGCAGGCUGGCUGGCAGCUAGAUGCCCUCCGUGCCAUCCACUUGCAGCGCUGUGCCCAGCUCACCAGCAGCUUCCCUGGGCCUUGUCAGCCCAGCCAUGGCUUCCGCCUGCUGAAGAGCACGCCCUGUGCAGAGAGCGAGGAUGCGCUCUAUUACUGAGUGGUGCGCGUGGAUGAGAAUGGAUGGCACAUGCUUGCUGCCAAGGUACCCAAGUCUGGAGUGGAAUUACCCCAUCAGAGGGGUGUGGAGCUGUAGGCCUCCCUGCCCCCUCAUUUUAAUCUCCAGGGACUCUGUGGCUGGUUGCCAGAGGGCGCACUGCCGGCGGUGCCCUGGAGAGGCCCAGCCACGCUGGCCACUGUGGUGCCUGAGCGCACAGUGGCCCAGUGGCUGGAGAUCAGCGAACCUCGGCCUGAAUGGGCCAUGGCCUUGAUGUUACUUCAGCUGAGCUCAGCCCUGGAGCUCCUGGAGGAGCGCGGUGUGGCCCUGGCUGAGCUAAGGCCCCAGAAUAUACUGCUGGCUGAGCCUCGGGGCUGUGUCCCCCCGGGGGACCCCCGCGCUUGCUGCUCGCCCCGUGUCUGUCAGUAGCCCCACAGUCUGCGGGGCACCCAUGCUCUGCCGCUGAGCGGCCUGCUGCGCCGGCUGCUGGGCCGGGCAGCGCCCUCGGCCACGCCCUUGGCCGCGGGCCUGGAGCGACUAGCGGUCCUGCUGCCUCGCACCCGGCCCUCGGGGGCUCAGACGCACCGUGCCCUGCAAGCGCUGCUCUGGGGGCCCGGGCCGGGGCUGCGCAGCCCGGGGGCUCCCCUCCCGUGGACGGUGACUGCAGUUGUGGUGCUGCUUAUUCGUCUCGCCGAGCGCGCCGUGGGAGGCCAGGCGCCUGGUCUCCAGGACUGGCUCUGCUGCGAGUACCUGACCGAGGCCAGCGAAGUGUCGCUGGGACAAACCCUAGUGCUGCUGUGGACAGAUCCCAAGUAA